CCUCGGAAACUCUUCCAAAGCCUUCCAACAUCUGAUCUGGUCCAUAGAAUUUGGUUCUGAAAUAACCAAACCGAAGAGCAUAGUUGAAUAGUAGUUGACGAUAAGGAAAAGAUGAACCCUCAAGCAGACAAGUUGGUGAGGAGGACCACCAUGGUGGCUACUGUUACUGCUUCCUAUUUCCUCUUAACCGCUGAUUAUGGCCCAGAGCCUAAUGCUCUCGACCCCAUCAAGAAGACCAUACUAUCAGCGCAAAGUUCUCUGAAAGAGUUUAUCUUUGGAUCAAGGAAAGAACAUCAGGAAAGUUCACCGAGUUCCAGCAAUGCAAAAGAGCACCCGUAGUCUAUACUCCACAGGAUACAAAAUUAAGCAGUUAUGAGUUUUUGUCUAUUGAAUAAGGUUUUUAUGGUCAUUGACAUUGUCAGAAUGCGUGGAAAAUGUAAUAUGAGACCAAACUUCCUUGGUCCCUUUGAGUUUUCAACAAGGAAUUUUGGAUUGUGUGGUAGCGUGUACAUAAAGCUUUUGAAGAAGAGUUUCAAUGUCAGUCCCUGAUUAUUGACUACUAGUAAUAUUUAU